CUUAGUUACUUGCAGUUGUAUGGCAUAUGCACACAUACGAUUUCGCGUUUGUCACAUCUAGCCUGUAGAACACUGGCCGGCGAAGGCAACAUCUCUUGAAUUCAAUGAGCUUAUUUUUUCGUCAUUCGCUCAGCGUAGAAGGCGAGUUCACUCUCAAAGAUCCUCCGAACUUGGCUGGUAACGAUACCGUGCUCCUGAGCUCCCGAUUGUGGACAUAUUUGUCUACACCGCACGAUUCCUGCGUUCUCGUCCUAAUAUCUUCGGGCGACUCAACCGCACCCUUAUUAGCAUCCCAAGACUUGGAAUGCUUGACUUGUUGGGCGAACGAGGAUCCUGAUAUCGAGUGCAUUACAGUUCCACCUCACUGGCCAGACCUGUAUCCUCAUAUUUUCGGAUCAUUCAAUGGCCGACGGAAACUGCACGUGUCCCGUGCAGGAGACGUCUCGCUCUCCGAAGUGGUAUUGACAGCCCAAACUCCCGACGCAUACAGUUUUGCAUUGUCCCACAGUUCUUCCCUUGAGGAAUGGCUUUUCCACUCAUCGCUGAUCAUUCGAACUGGUGAAGAAUUACACCUUCCCCGAACGUUAUUUCUCUCAAAUGGCGACGCUUCUGAAGCGUUGCCCUCGGCGCUCUGCUCGUAUCGCUACAAAAUUGAUGUUGCAUAUCCAUACUCUCAAGGAAUUGUGGAACACAAUGUCACGCAGUUUGUGGUGGCCUGUUUCGACGAAGGAGCAGAAAUUGGAGGACUAUCGGCUGUUGGCAUAUACCCAUCUGAUGUUGAGAUAGCUUCGGAGCCACUUGAGAUCAGCGAAUCUUUUCUCAUUACUGCCGCACUUCCAGCAACCGCCCAACAUAAUGGUCCCUAUGAGGCCGCCGCAACGAACGCCUAUUUCCGGCUUGAACCAAUUUCGCGGGAGACUGCAGAUGUCCUUAACCAUGAUGUCGCUCUGUACCUGCGAACCUCUGAUUUUCGUCGGGUUGGCGUCCUCGAUGGAGACUGGGCUAUCGUCAGUGAUCUCGAGUCAUCCCAGGCAAGGCUAGUGCGGGUGUUUGCGCAUGAUUACGAAUCAGUCCCUUCUGGUGUUGUGAAAGCUUCGCCGUCGCUGAUUUCCAGCAUCCGUGUAGACUCCUCUAGUCUGGUAUGGAUUCGUCCGAGCCCUUUUGGCAAUCGUCAACCGGCAAUACCAGUGGCUCGUACUCUUACUCUCGCUCGCAUCGCAUCUCCGUUUUCCACUGGACGCAAGUUCGAGACUCUUUUUCUUCAAGAAAUACAAUCCUACUUCAGUUCCUGUAAACGCUUGGUCAAACCAGGAGAUUUAAUUAACGUGUUCAUUGAUACCGACAACGCAGAGCUUACCGAUAAGCUCGACAAUGGCAAGCUCCCAAUCCAUCGGCUGUCGAGCGGCAAUGCAGUGGUGUCCUUCGUCGUGGACAAAGUCGACUACGACCCUAUCAGUGCUGUUGAUGAGUAUUGCAGUCAUCCCCAAUUCGCUCGAGGCGACUACGGCUGUUUCGUGGACUCCCAGCGCACUCGGAUCGUGCAGCUCGGAACAAAACAUCAUAAAGGCUUACUAGACAUACGUAGCUGCAAUGCCCUUCCAAACGCUAGUACCAGACCAGAGGAACUACCUUUCACAAUGGAUGCAAUGACUCGUUUGUCGGACGCGCCUCGGUUUAAAGGAGCUGCGGAGUUUGGCAUCUGGCCACUUCUGCUUAUUUCAGGAGCUCGAGGAUCCGGGAAAUUUACAAUGGCCUCUUUUAUAGCCCGACGCCUUGGAAUCCACAUUGCAGAAAUCAACUGUUUUGCGAUAAUUUCGGAAAAUGAGGCCAAUACAGAAGGCAGCUUGAGAGCUCGAAUUGAAAUGGCAAGUUCAUGCGCGCCGUGCGCAAUCGUGAUUCGGCAUCUAGACGCGUUGUCCCAGUCUACUCCAGCUUCGGAACCGGGAAAAGGUACUACAUUGUCACAUGCGCUGAGCGAUUGCCUGGCGGACUUAGAAUCCCAUAUGCAAUCCACGGGCAGCCAGAUCUUUGUUAUCGCAACUGCGAGUGACACAUCCAAGGUCCCUGCUAUCCUCCUCUCGCGCUUUACAAACGAGUUUGUGCUAAAGGCUCCGACUGAGGCAGAACGAUCGAGCAUAAUAUAUCAUUGCAUGAUUGAUGUUAAACCGGCUUCUGAUGUUUCAGUGGCUUCUUUUGCUACGCAGACUGCUGCACUAGUUGCUAUUGAUAUAGUCGACUUUUUGACACAAGCGGAGGUUAUUGCUGCUAGAGAGUCACUUGACGAAAUUACUUGUCGAGCACGGUCCCUAAGUACGAUAGCUAUUCGAGCAAAUCAGGUGGAAUUGUCGCUUUUGAAGGCGAGGACAACUUUCGCUCAAAACAUUGGGGCUCCGAAGAUCCCUGCCGUCAUGUGGGAGGACAUCGGUGGACUGUCGAGAGUAAAGAAUGAAAUAUUGGACACCAUCCAACUUCCAUUGGAGCACCCUGAAUUAUUCAUCGAGGGAUUGAAGAAGCGUUCAGGAAUCUUAUUAUACGGUCCCCCGGGCACAGGAAAAACGCUGCUCGCGAAGGCAGUGGCAACUUCGUGUUCAUUGAACUUCUUUUCAGUGAAAGGACCCGAACUUCUGAACAUGUACAUCGGAGAGUCUGAAGCAAACGUUCGACGAAUAUUUCAACGUGCUCGUGAUGCAAAACCAUGCGUCAUUUUCUUCGAUGAGCUCGACUCUGUGGCGCCAAAGCGAGGUAAUCAAGGGGACUCAGGUGGUGUUAUGGAUCGUAUCGUAAGUCAGCUUCUUGCAGAACUGGAUGGGAUGUCCGCUGGAAGUGGGGGCGACGUCUUCGUCAUCGGAGCUACCAAUCGCCCUGACCUAUUAGACCCGGCUCUUUUGCGACCUGGAAGGUUUGACCGAAUGUUAUAUCUUGGGGUUAGCGAGACACACGAAGCUCAGCUUGAUAUCCUUCGUGCGCUUACAAGAAAAUUCAAGCUCGAUCGUGAUCUCAGCCUCGCGGACAUUGCUGAAGAGUGCCCGUUCCACUACACAGGAGCCGACUUCUAUGCUUUAUGCUCUGAUGCAAUGUUAAAUGCAUUAAACAGGAAGGUUACUGAGCUGGAUAACAAAAUAGCACAACUCAACAAACAGUCAGAAUUUCGACAACACCAACUGACACCUCAGUACUAUCUCACUGAAAUUGCCAGAUCGGAUGACUUGCACAUUUUGGUUACCCAGAUGGACUUCAUUCGUGCUCUAAAUGAGCUAGUCCCUAGUGUUAGUGCAGUAGAGAUGCAGCACUAUGCUACUAUUCAGAAGAGAUUCAUGCAGGAGAUAGUGGAAGAUAUGUAACUGAUGGUGGUGUCUGGAUACCUUACAUGACCUAUUGGGAGGGUGUUUGAGGAGGUAAUAAAAUACACGAAGUCCUUCAGGA